GUGCAAAUGAACUGACAAGGCAAGUGAUGGCAAGUUUGUGUUACGUCACAGCGGGGAUGUGAAGGCACGAGUGGGUUCACACACGUCGUUGAUGCGUGGCGCAGUGUGGAGUGGAUCAGUCGCUGUAAGUAGGCUAGCAGAGUGGACUGGGGAUGCGCUGUGCAUAACGCGUUUGGUUUACUUGUGCUUUUCAAGAGUCCAGUGGGUUUUCGUUGUGAUCAAUACGCGUGAACCGUUUGCGAAGGAGUAUUUUGGAUUGAAAAGAGGUAAAGGAAAUCCAGUGUGGCAGCUGUUCUGGUGAAGCGCGCUCGCCAGUAAAGCGCGCUCUGGUGCUGUGGGAUGGAUGAAGAGAAGAUGCUUGGGUUUCAGUGGCAGACGCGACGAGGUUGAACACUGAAGUGAAGUGAAACAGGUCACACAGUUUCCAGUCUGGACAAAGGCGGUAUUCUAUUUACCUUCAAUUGAAUGUGAGCUCCCGCUGACCUCCAAUAUUUAAAAUGGGGUUGUCAUGGAAACUGCUGGUGCUGCAAUUAUUCAUGGGGUGCCUUUCAGAAGGCAGCAGUCCUCUGAGGCCUGUUUUUACCAAACAGCCGGGAAGCAUCGUAUUCCCUCUCCAUUCUAAUGAGCCCAGUCGGGAGGUCACCUUUAGCUGUGAAGCCCAAGGAUAUCCACCUCCGUCUUAUAGGUGGAAAAUGAAUGACAGCUUCAUUUCUCCUCAACCUGGCUCUCGAUACAGCAUCUCAGGAGGACACCUGCGAAUCAGCCAGCUCAAUAAAGAAGAAGAUGCUGGUAUUUACCAAUGUCUGGCAUCAAACUCUUUCGGGACCAUUCUCAGCAGAGAAGCUAGUCUCCACAUUGCUUACCUUGAAGAGUUUAAAACUCAAAGGAGAAGUCCGGUGAGUGUCAGAGAAGGGCAAGGUGUGGUUCUUCUCUGUGGUCCUCCACCGCAUAUGGGAGAGUUGACCUUUUCAUGGAUCUUCAACGAAUAUCCCUCAUUCGUGAAGCAGGACACACGGCGCUUCAUCUCGCAGAAAACGGGCAACCUGUACAUCGCUAAAGUUGAGCCAUCGGACGUUGGAAACUACACUUGUGUCGUGACCAACACGGUGACCCAAACCAGAGUGCAGGGACCUCCUACACCACUUGUGCUCCGCAUCGAUGGCAUCAUGGGUGAAUAUGAGCCAAAAAUUGAAGUUCAGUUUCCAGAGGUCUUGGCUGUUGCGAAAGGGUUAACAGUGAAACUGGAGUGCUUCGCUUUGGGAAAUCCAGUUCCUGUGAUCAGCUGGAGAAGACCAGAUGAAAUUCCCAUUCCCAGAAAAGUGGAUGUUAGUAAAUCCAGUGGAGUUUUGGAGAUCCCAUAUUUUCAACAGGAAGAUGCAGGGCAGUAUGAAUGUGUGGCUGAGAACUCCAGAGGCAAAAACACGGUAAUGGGCCGGCUCUCUUUUUACGCACCCCCUCAUCUGGUUGAGAAGCCCCAGGAUAUGCAGAAAGCCAUCGAUGAAUCUCUGCUCUGGGAGUGUAAGGCGAGCGCCAAGCCCAAACCCUCUUACAGGUGGCUGAAGAACGGAGAACCGUUGGAGUCAUUCGAGGAUAGAAUCCAGGUUAUAAAUGGUGCAUUGUCCAUCAGCGGUCUGACUCUCACAGAUACAGGGAUGUACCAGUGUAUCGCUGAGAACCGCCACGGCCGAGUGUUUGCCAACGCUGAGCUCCGAGUCAUUGCAGUGGCUCCGGAUUUCUCCAGUAGCUUGCUGAAGGCACAGACAUUGGCUCGACAGGGUGGGGAUGUUUUGAUUGAAUGCAGACCCCGCAUGUCACCACGAGGCAUGAUCUCCUGGAGGAAAGGGAAAGAAGCCCUGCGAGAGAGCCACAGAGUCUCUGUGCUGGAUAAUGGCAGUCUCCGGAUAUCAAACAUCACGAAACAAGACGCAGGUCUAUACACUUGUGUGGCGAGAAACCAGUUUGGAGUGGCAAGCAGUGCUGGCACACUAGUGGUUAAAGAGCCAACCGUCAUCAUCUCUAAAGCCACUCAGCUGGAUGUAACAGUCGGAGAGAGUGUUGUUAUCCCAUGCCAGGUGACCCGUGACCCCUCCCUCGAAGUCAGAUUCACAUGGUUCUUCAAUGAGCAGAUGAUCAACUUCGGAAGCCACGGGGGCUAUUUCGAAAAAGUCGGUGGGUCAUCCGCUGGUGACAUUAUGAUUCGUAACAUUCAACUAAGGCAUGCAGGGAGGUACACUUGUGCUGUACAGACUAAUGUGGACAGUGGGUCUAUAGCAACAGAUGUGGUGGUACGAGGUCCUCCUGGCCCACCCCUGGACAUCAGGGUUGAUGAGAUCACAGAAACAACAUCGGUUGUAUCCUGGCAUCCAGGCCCUGAUAACCACAGUCCUGUAUUUGCCUACAACAUUCAGAUCAGAAGCCCUUUCUCUCUCGGAUGGCAGGCUGCCAAAACAGUGCCAGAGACUCUAGGAGGAGAUCAGCUGACAGCUCGUGUUGUAGAGCUGAGUCCAUGGGUGGAAUACGAAUUCAGAGUUCUGGCCACAAACUCCAUAGGCACGGGUGAACCCAGCAAGCCCUCACAAAAAAUAAAGACCAAAGACGCAUUGCCAAGGACGACCCCAGCAAGAGUUAGCGGUGGAGGCGGCAGUCGCUCGGAGCUUGUCAUCACAUGGGAGCCAGUGCCCGAAGAGCUGCAGUGCGGUCCAGGGUUCGGCUACGUGGUCGCUUUUCGUCCUCUUGGUGGUCAGAACUGGAUGCAGGCGGCCGUGACUUCCCCUGAUGCAUCCAGAUAUAUCUUCAAAAACGAUAGCAUUCCACCCUUCUCGCCGUUUCAUGUGAAAGUGGGAGUUUAUAACAACAGAGGAGAAGGUCCUUUUGGACCCACCACCACAAUAUACUCAGCAGAAGAUGAGCCGAGUCGCGCACCCGGUCGAGUCCGUGUCAAGAGCUUGUCAGCAUCAGAAGUGGAGGUCAGCUGGAAACCUCUACCAUGGAGCACCAGUAGGACGCGCAUAAUGGGUUAUGAGCUGAGGUACUGGAGUACAAAAGAUAAAGCGGACACAGCCAGUGUAAUGAGGACUGUGGGAAACAGGACGUCAGCUGUUAUUCGUGGACUGGACCCAAGCAGUACAUACUACAUCAAACUUAAAGCCUAUAAUACUGCUGGUGUUGGGCCUGACAGUGCUGUGGUCAAUGUCACUACAAAAAGACCCCCACCAAGCCAGUCUCCAGCAAAAGUCAUGUGGAAUACCACAGACUCCAAACUCAUCCUCAGAUGGGAUCAUGUCAAGGCUUUGGAGAAUGAAUCUGAAGUUAUGGGCUAUAAGGUCAUGUACAAGCAGAGCAGACAGAGUCGACCCAGCGUGGUGGAGACUAACAACACAUCUCUUGAGCUCUCAUUACCUGUGGAUGAGGAUUACAUUAUCCAGAUUAAACCGGUCAGUGAGGGAGGAGAGGGAAGCAGCAGCAGGCAAAUCACCAUUCCCAGGAUAGCAGUCGCACAUGUAAUCGGAUUAGCCCCGGAGGAGAAAGCACUACCAUCACUCGUAGCACUAGCACUCUGUACGGUCAGGACUUUAUUAUGACAGCAGAACCAAACCCAACCAUUACCAAAAUCCACCACAAGGGGGUCCAGUAUGUUGUACACACAGACUCUUCAGAUUGAAAGUUUUCCUCUCGUUUUUUUUUAAAGAGGAAGUUUGCUAUCCCGGAUUACUGACACCAAAGCUGCUAAGACAAUGGAGUUACUGAAUCGUUUUUGGGACGAAUGGAGUGAUUUGUAUAUCGUUUUGAUAGAUGUUACCUAUUUUGCUCCUGGCUAGGAACUGGACAUUCAAGGUUCAUAAAAUGCCAUGGAUUCACAUGCAAGGAAAGUCGAAUCCAUAUUCAUCCAUUAGACUGUUGGCAGCGGAGAACCACGCAAAUGCCUUUUCUAUAGCAACCCUGAGACUGCUUAAUGAACUCUGCUAAAGAGGAUCCCUACUGCCAUACCUCAGACAUCUUCAUCAAAGGACUUUGAUCUAACCUGAUGUUCCUCAUCAACAUAGAGACAGAGCGCAGCGCGUCAUAACCUGAAAACCACACCCACCGGGGG